CGCGUGGCGAGAGCGACUGAGCGAGCGCCCGUUUGAAACCUCGGGGCCGCCAUCAUCAUGGCGGAGGUUGAACCGCGUUGCGAUGUGAUGGCCUUGUUUGUGGCAGCGCGCGAUGAGAAGCGCUAUUUGCGUGUGUCUGCGCCCAUGGUACGAUACUCGAGAUUGGCCUUUAGGCGCACGGUUCGCAAGCACGGCAUUGAUUUGGCCUACACGCCCAUGAUCGUGGCUGACUCAUUCACAAAGUCUCAGUGGGCGCGCGAGGCCGACUUUCACACGGCCGAGGAUGACCGGCCCUUGGUGGCCCAGUUUGCGGCAAACAAUGGACCCGUGCUGGCGCAUGCCGUUGAACUGAUGGCACCCUAUGCUGAUGCCUUUUGUCUCAACUGUGGUUGCCCGCAGCGGUGGGCCAUACAAGAUGGUCUUGGGUGUGCCUUGACGUUGAAUCCGGAUGCAAUGGUGGAUCUGGUGCGCCACGCACGCGCAGCUGUGCCCCACCAUCCAGUUUCUGUCAAAGUCCGCAUUCGAGACACGGCUGCCGAGACGGUCGAGCUGGUGCGUCGCGCCGAGGCCAUGGGCGCUGCUUGGAUUAGUGUACACGGACGCACCCCCGCCGAGCGACACCAGCCCGUGCACUACGACAUGCUCAAACUGGUCAAGGACUCCGUGAGUGUGCCCGUGGUGGCCAACGGUGACAUUUUUACGCUCAAGGACGCAGAUCGUGUUUGGAAUGAAACAGGCUGUGAUGGUAUCAUGGCCGCGCGAGGCUUGUUGGCGAAUCCUGGUCUGUUCGAGGGUGGCCGCUACGUUUCGCGCGAGGUGAUUGGCGACUUUCUGGGCGAGGCGCUCUGCACUGGGCUCCACACGAGCCUGCUGCAACACCACCUCAAUUUUAUGCUUGAGCCUAUCAUGGGGCGGGCUGAUCGUCAGGAGUUUGGUCGCUUGCCUAGUGCCACUGCCAUGAUGACCUUUCUCGAGGAACGAUUUGAUAUCAAGGUUAACUUGCCUCUGACCAACCCAUCCCCGCACAUGACACAAGUACACUGA